AUUCCCUCUCUUCCUCGACAAGCUUUAAGCAAUUUUCUUCUCUUUCAGUUCACAACUUCGUAUUCAAAAAGGCUUUUCGCUCUUUUAUUUCUCAGGCUCUGCUCUUUCAGAUUCAAAGUAUCCGUUUUCCUCUCAUUUCCAUCUGGUGAACUCGCCGCGAUGCUGAAAGCCAAUUCUCCUUCCAAAGCGUUUUUCGCCGUCCGUUUCCUUCUCUUUGGUUUCGAUCCCAUCAACGAGCGCGAGGUUCGAGCCAAGCUUCUUAAUGGCGGCGGAAUUGAUGCUGGUCAGUACGGUCAAAAUUGUACUCACGUGAUUGUAGAUAACAUUCUUUUCGAUGAUCCUCUUUGUGUUACUGCAAGGAAAGAUGGGAAGACACUGGUUACGGGUUUAUGGGUUGACCAUGGUUAUGAAAUUGGAAUGGCUGUAGAUGCCACUUCUAUUAUGUAUAGGCCACUUAGAGAUUUGAAUGGCAUAGCGGGUGCUAAAAAUUUAAUUAUAUGCUUAACUGGAUACCAGCGACAAGAUCGAGAUGACAUUAUGACCAUGGUUGGCCUGAUGGGAGCUCAAUUUUCUAAGCCAUUGGUAGCAAACAAAGUUACUCAUCUCAUAUGCUAUAAAUUUGAAGGUGAAAAGUAUGAACUUGCCAAGAAAUUGAAGAAAAUAAAGCUUGUUAACCAUCGGUGGUUAGAAGACUGCUUAAGGGACUGGGAGCUUCUUCCAGAAGAUAAUUAUAGCAAGAGUGGCUAUGAGUUGGAGGUGAUGGAAGCUGAAGCAAAGGAUUCUGAGGAGGAAGCUGGGGUCCCCGCUUUGAAGCAAUCAAGUCAUGAAAUGGCAAAUAACAGUCCUCACUUGAGAAUGGGAACUCCUAAGCCUUGUCAACUACCCAAAUCAACUGGGGAACUGCCAAAAAUGGCACAAAAUAUAAGUAAGCCUGAAGGUCUGCCAAGUGUUGUGAAUGGGAAGGACAUGUUAGUAACUCCUAGCAGAAAGAACAGAUCAGCAUCAGGCUUUAUUAGCAACUUUGUUUCUGAGGUGUCGGCCUGUCCUGUCUCUAGUACCUCUAAUGAUGCUUCUUCUGUAGGUUUACCUGAUCCACAAGAGAGAACUCCAAAUUCUACAGAAGGGGGUAAUGACUUGGAAAAUAUUUCCAGAAGUGCUGAAAGGCCUUAUUCUGAUGCAAAGUUUAGUGCUGUAAGUUACACAAGGAAAACCCCACGGAAAUCCCCAACAUCAACUUUUUCAGGAGAGUUGGGACAUAUUAGAGGCUCUCCUAAAUUUCAAUUAGGUGAAUCCAUUAAUAAGACUUCUGUUGAAGUUGAAUAUGCUAAGGGCUUAACUGGAUCUGAUCAUGCUGAGCAUCUUCAAAAAGGAAUUGAGCCAUUUUGUAAAGAAGCUUCAAGCAGUAAAAAGCAAAAGAUAGAUGUUUCAUGUUUUAACCCUAAAUCUCAGAAUAUGAGUCAUGAUCCACCAAGAAGUGUGACAGGCAGUCCAUCAGUUAGUUGCAACCAGGGAUUGGAACAAGCAUCUUUGGUAGAUGGUUUGUCUAAGAUUAAUAACCAGUAUCAUGAUGUGACAGGAAGUCCAUCAGUUAGUCUUGAUGCUGCACAAAAGUCCCAUGCUGAUGUUUCAACAGGCAAAUCAUCAAAAUUUAAAGCGAAGCCAUUCGCACAAGAUCUGCUGUUCCUUGAAAAUGCAGUCUCAGAGAAUGAUCAAAAUGAGAAUUUGGAUGAAAAGAUGCUGCAAACAUCCUUAAAGACAUUGAGAAAGUCCAGUUUGGUUAGCAAGCCUGAAGGUGGAGAUUUUGGAGUUAAAAAAUCUGAAAAUGUGGUUGCAGAUGCAGAGGCUGCGUGUCAUCUGCAGCAAGAUAAACAGGUUCCAUCUCCCCCUAACAGAAACUCAGAGACAGAGAAAUCUCAGGUGAUUGCUAAUUUGGAAAAGCUUCAGGAAGGUAAUGGCAACUUAAUUACCAAACCAGGUAGGAUAAAGAUGAUUGCCAAGAAGACACUGGGUUCUAGAUCAAAACUGAAAAGUAAUGCUAACCAAAAAGGGUCUAUUUAUUUAAAAAAAGUUGCUGCUCAAAAUGAACCUGUAGUUGGUCUGUCUAUAGAAACAGCAGAUCAUGAGAACUCCUCCAGUUUCAACGACCAUGCAACAUUCCCUGAAACUGUCAAUGUUAUUGCAGCAAAGGAGGCAGAGACGCAAAUUGGCACAAAAUCCAGAGAUAAUGUUGAGAAUGAGACUACUUUUAUGGAUGAUGAAACAGAAGCUCCAGAGGAUAACGACACAAGUGAGGGUAUACUUGAUGAAGUGAAGGCUGGGGUGGUUGAUUUGUCACCUAAAGCAGAUGAUAAGAUGGAGGUUAAACCAGAUGGUGCUCGGCAUUCAACAAACAAUGCUGCUGCUGACAGGGAUGAUGGUGCAAAGGAAGAGAAGAAUGCAGUUCAACUCCAGCAGAAAGAUAAAACAAUCUGUAAAGCAAAUUGUAUGAAAGGGAAACUAAGGCAAGGCAAAAAACAGCCACCAGGCAAGUCCAAGAUAAAGACUGUCCCUCCUGUCUCUGGACAUGCAAAAUCUAAGAAAGUUUCAGUUAGAGAAGAGACUUGCAAUGGCAAGGACAUUGUUGAGACAGCUAUUGAGGAGGAGAAAGGUAAGCCAUGUUCUGCAGGUCAAACUAAGAGCAGAAAUGUAUCUAAGAGAAAAUCUGACAACUCCAUGGAAGCAGAGAAGGAGAAUAAGCCAAUUGUUGAUGGAGAUCAAAGAAUAAGUCAGUUUAAAGGUCAUGUCAGAAAAACAACCCUUAAGUCUGAUAAUGUGUCAAUGAAGAUUAAGCAGAAGUCUGGGAAAAGCAAUCUUAAUUGUAUUUUGGUGAGAGAAGUUUCAAAGCAAGUGAAAACUGAACCUAUAUGGUUUAUUUUGAGUGGGCAUAAGCUACAGAGAAAGGAGUUUCAGCAAGUCAUUAGGCGUUUGAAAGGAAAAUUCUUCAGGGAUUCUCAUCAGUGGUCAUACCAGGCAACGCACUUCAUAGCUCCAGACCCAAUUCGUAGGACAGAAAAGUUUUUUGCUGCUGCAGCCUCUGGAAGGUGGAUUCUAAAGACCGAUUAUCUUGCUUCUUGUAGUCAAGCAGGAAGGUUUGUGGAUGAGGAGCCAUAUGAAUGGCAUAAGCACGGCCUUAGUGAAGAUGGUGCAAUUAAUUUAGAGGCUCCAAGGAAGUGGCGGCUCUUACGGGAGAAAACUGGUCAUGGUGCCUUCAAUGGCAUGCGUGUUAUUAUUUAUGGAGAAUGCAUUGCACCAUCUUUGGAUACUCUGAAGCGAGUUGUGAAGGCAGGUGAUGGGACUAUAUUAGCAACUUCUCCUCCUUACACCCGCUUCCUCACAUCUGGGGUUGACUAUGCCAUUAUCAGUCCUGGUAUGCCACGUGUUGAUUUGUGGGUUCAAGAGUUCCUACGACAUGAGAUACCCUGCAUUGCGGCUGAUUACUUGGUGGAGUAUGUCUGCAAGCCUGGUUAUUCUCUGGAGAGACAUGUUCUAUACAAUACUCAUGCUUGGGCAGAGAAGUCAUUUGCUAACCUAUUGAGCAAGGCAGAAGAGAUUGUUGAAGACUUGACACCAUCAGAUGAUUAUAGUGGCGAUGACAUAGCCUGUCAAGUUUGUGGAUGUCGCAAUAGAGGGGAGGUUAUGCUGAUAUGCGGUGAUGAAAGUGGUUCUGUUGGUUGUGGGAUAGGUAUGCACAUAGACUGUUGUGAUCCUCCUCUUGAAAAUAUUCCAGAGGAGGAUUGGUUUUGUGCUGAUUGUAGUAGCAGUAACAGCAACAGUUCCCCUAAGAGGAGAAAAGGACUUAACUGAAGACGAAGUUAUUUUUUAUUCAUCUUCUCAUUUUGUAGUACACUGUUGUCCGAUUCUCGCAUUUGGCUGUGGCUAAACAUGUAGAAUUUGCUAUGCGUGGUCUUAGUUGAAUUUGAGAAUUUUGUAAGACAGACUAGAAAAUUACGAUGUUUCUAGAAUCUGUUAAGCUUCUCUUAGGGAAUAAUAUAUGGAUUUUCUUAAAUUUAUUAAUCAGAAAAUCGCCUUUGAUCUCUCUUA